UUCUUGAACUAACAUAAUAAGAGCUUGAACUUAAACAGAGAAGUUGAGAAUUUGAUCAAAUUAAAUGGGAAAGACAAAGACAGAGAGUGGAGAAACUCAAAUUUUGGGUUCAAAAUUUGAGAACCCAAUUGGAGAAGGGGCUCAGAGAGGGCUAGCCAUAGUGGACUUAGUGGUGAGAGUAAUGGCAACAAUGGCUACUCUAAGUAGUGCAAUAGUAAUGGGUACAGCCAAUCAAACUUUGCCAUUUUCAACACAGACCUCUCAGUUCAAAGCCAACUAUAAAGAUCUUCCUAUGUUUAUGUUCUUUGUGCUUGCAAAUUCCAUAGUCUGUGGGUAUCUCUUUCUAUCUCUUCCUCUGUCCAUUUUCCAUAUCAUGGAAGUUGCAUCAGUCACUCCAAGGCUCAUUUUGCUCAUCUUUGACAUGAUGGCAAUGGUGCUUGCAACAGCUGGUGCAUCAACGGCAGCAUCUGCAGUCUACUUGGCAUAUCGAGGCAAUGUUGCUGCCAACUGGGUUUCAUUUUGCACCCAAUUUGACUCUUUUUGUCGACGCAUUUCUGGAUCUUUGAUUGGCUCUUUUGGUGCAGUCUUCGCUUUCAUGCUUCUUAUUAUUAUUUCGAUUGUAGCAAUGGUUAGACGCUCAUCGUAAAAACAACACAACAAUAAAAAGCAUUAAUAACGAGAAGUUAAUAAUGUAUGAAACUAUACUAAAGUGUGAUACAUUACAUUUGAAAAAUAGACAAAAAUAAUAAAUAUAAAAGUGAGAAAAAAUCAAGAUUUUCAAAUA